GCCCGUAACUCAUUCCCCCAUCCACCUCCAACGACAAAUCAACGUUCAACCAAUCACUUCGCUUCCUCAACCAUGGAAGCACUUCUCAUAAAUCCAUCUCUCUCUCGUCUCAAACCUUCCUCAAAACUCACCCCUCUUUCUCAAUUCACAAAGCCAACCAUCUUCCUUCUACCCCUCCGUCUACGCUGUGUCCCUCGAUUCCAAUUUACAGUCUCAGCCAUCAGCAAUCAGAACUACUCUCAAUUAACCGAAAGAGAGGGACUCGUAGAAGAAGAAAAAGAAGAAGAAUACUACGGUGAAGUGAACAAGAUCAUCGGGAGCAGAGCCAUGGAAGGUGGGACGGGAAUGGAGUACCUAAUCGAAUGGAAAGACGGCCACACACCGUCAUGGGUUCCAUCCGCCAACAUCGCCGGAGACGUCGUGGCAGAGUACGAGACCCCAUGGUGGAUUGCCGCCAAGAAAGCAGACGAAUCCGCUCUUCGACAACUAUUGGCUGCCAACAGUGAAAUCGAAGAGCUAAGUGACGGAAGAGAUAUUGACGCGGUAGACUCCGACGGCCGAACUGCGCUGCUCUUUGUGGCGGGUCUGGGUUCGGAAGGUUGUGUUCGCUUGCUAGCCCAGGCCGGUGCGAACCUAAACCACAGGGAAAACAGCGGUGGGCUUACUGCCCUUCACAUGGCCGCGGGAUAUGUUAAACCCGGUGUAGCUCAGGCUCUGCUAGAGCUAGGCGCGGAUCCUGAGGUGGAGGACGAGAGGGGGAGAACGCCGUUGGAUCUGGCGAGGGAGGUUCUGAAGGCGACUCCCAAGGGAAACCCUAUACAGUUCGCGAGGAGAAUAGGGCUGGAGAAGGUGAUAAAGGUAAUAGAGGCAGCAAUAUAUGAGUACGCGGAGGUGGAGGAGAUACUGGAGAAGAGAGGAAAAGGGGAUAACGUGGAGUAUUUGGUAAAGUGGAAAGACGGAGGGGAAAACCAGUGGGUGAUGGCACAAUGUAUUGCAGAGGACCUGGUUAGAGAUUUCGAGGCUGGGCUAGAGUACGCCGUGGCUGAAGGAGUGGUGGGGAAGAGAGAAAGUGAGGAUGGGAAGAGAGAGUAUCUAGUGAAGUGGAUAGAUAUGGAAGAGCCUACGUGGGAGCCCGAAGAGAACGUUGAUCCUGAGUUGAUCAACGAGUUUGAGCAAAGCCCAGGGGUUGAGACUGUAACGGUGCCUGAUGCUGUUGGGUCUUGAUUCUCUGAUCCUGCGCGAUUCUUCUUUCUUCUUUUUACUUGU